AUGGUCGCCUAUGGGCUUCAAACAUUUCGGCAUAAUGAUGGAUGGUAACCUGAAGAACCUAAAUAAACUAAAUCUGGCAAGCGUGUUGUAAAAGGUGGAGGGUGACCUGUUUAAAUGGAUGGACUUGCCCUCACUUUACUAAGUAGUAUUGUCCUGCCCAGAUUUCUAUAUUUGUUUCAAUCUCUCACCAUCGCUGUACCCCCAGCAUUCUUUUCCUCUCUCGACAAGCUGACUAGACGGUUUAUCUGGCAUGGUAAAAUUCCUAGGGUUAGCCUGGGCAAACUGACCCUUGAUAAGCUGACUAGACGGUUUAUCUGG